UCUUCUUUUCCUCUCAACCCACUCUUCUCUCUUCCUCCUCCUCCUCCACAACCUAAUUUCAACUCUCAACUAAAAUUAAAGCAAAGAAUUCAAUCUAAGAUGAGAACCUUGGAAGCUUCAUCAGCUCCGGCGCCGACAUCUCCGGCAAUUCGCUCGCCGUGGCACUCGCCGGUGCCGUACCUUUUCGGCGGCCUGGCCGCCAUGCUCGGCCUUAUCGCUUUUGCGCUUCUCAUCCUCGCCUGCUCUUACUGGCGCCUCUCCGGCUACCUCGAGAACAGGGCCGACAGCGACGGCCGGGAUCUCGAGGCCGGAGAGGGUAGUGGCGACGGCGAAAAGGCGGCGGCGCCGGUUUUGGAGGAGAAGUUUCUGGUGAUCAUGGCGGGUGAGGAGAAGCCCACUUUUAUCGCAACGGCGAUAUCGAGUAGAGCGUCGUCGUUUGGGAGUAAAAGUAGUAGUAGUACUCUGAGCAGUGAAAGUAGUACCCUCGAGAAAUCCGAGGGAGAGAAUGAAGAGAAGAAGCAGGAGGAUGGCAACGUUAGUCAGGUGCAAAUGGGGGCUGUGUUCCCCCAGGGAACAGAUCAGCUUUCCCCAAAUUAAUCCUCUUUCCAAUUUUCUUCUAAUCUUAAAAAAAAAAAAGUUGAAAGGAUGAUUUUGGAAAAUUUUCUAGUUGUUGAGGGAAAAAAUUAAGAAAAGAAAGAAGGAAGGAAAAUUGGGUAUGUUGAUUGAAAGGUGGCAUUUUGAGGUGAUUAUAUUUUGCAAAAUAUAAUUUGUGAGGGGGGUUUUGAAAUCUUAGAAGGAUCCUUCUGAAUUCCAGUUAGCUUUUCUUGGAAAUUGUAUUCCGGAAAUGUAAAUACUUUUUGGAGAAUGAGAAAUGAAUGAAGAGCUUGUCAUGUUUUGCUA